CACCUUUACCAGAGGGCAUUUACCAGUUAUUUUUUUUAGGAUUUCCUUAAAGGGUUAAUUACGAGCCCAACCCUGAUCCCCCUCUAGAAGCUGCUGUUGCUGAGCCUUCUGUGCCCACCACCCGAUCCAGAGUCCAUCCAGACAAGUGACCUUCGUUACCUCCGGGACGAUCUGCCCGGCACCCCUGGUAUAUCUGCCUGUGAUAAUGGACUUUUUGGGCUGCAGAACAUAACAUCUGGGACUUGUACCUCUAAUAAAGCAGAAGGACCGCGCACCUUGUGUUUUAUUCUUUGCGCGGAUAUAUCUUUUCCAGAGGACACUUGACAAUCCAAGGAUCUCGUUCCGAUAUCGGAUACACCCAGUUCCUUAUUUCCAUACAGCCGUAUUUAAUGCUCCACCAUGGGCAAGGUGCUUUCCAAGAUUUUCGGCAACAAGGAGAUGCGGAUUCUGAUGCUGGGACUGGACGCGGCCGGUAAAACCACCAUUCUGUACAAACUAAAGCUGGGCCAGUCGGUCACCACCAUCCCCACCGUGGGGUUCAACGUGGAGACGGUCACUUACAAGAAUGUUAAAUUCAACGUGUGGGAUGUUGGAGGCCAGGACAAGAUCCGACCUCUAUGGAGGCACUAUUACACCGGGACCCAAGGGCUCAUCUUCGUGGUGGAUUGUGCCGACCGGGACCGCAUUGACGAGGCUAGACAGGAACUUCAUCGUAUUAUUAAUGACAGGGAAAUGAGGGACGCCAUCAUCCUAAUAUUUGCCAAUAAGCAAGACCUCCCGGAUGCCAUGAAACCACACGAGAUCCAGGAGAAACUUGGCUUGACCCGGAUCAGGGAUAGAAAUUGGUAUGUGCAGCCGUCCUGUGCGACCAGCGGGGACGGUCUCUACGAAGGACUCACGUGGUUAACCUCCAACUACAAAUCCUAAUGACUAGUAGAAGAUCUAUUACAGUUUUACGAUAUUGCUUCUCCGAAGAGUAUAUUGGAAGAAAGUGAUGUCCCAGGAUUAUGCUGAUCUAAGCGAUCAUCACCUUAAAUUACAAAGAAUGGGCUGGAAUAUGUUAUAUAUGAAUAUAUACUUUUUUUUUUUUCCCCUCUCCUUGCUUUGCUUUAGGUUUCCAACCUCAAAAUUUUUUCCAAAUAUGAAAUUCAAUGUGACUUCAAAAAUCGAGCUGCAAAGAAGUGGGAAAUUUCUUCUCCGCUGAGCCCCAAAGUUGAGGGUUAAACGUGAAAUUCUCUGCUCUUUCCUUUCUCCAUUUUAUGUUGUCGUUUCUGCAUUCAUACACAGGGUAUGUCGCUAGGUUUCUCUCCACUAGUAAACUUUGCAAAUUCUUCUUUAAAAAUCACCCAGCGUUUUUGUCUUUUCUACCGAGACAAUUAUUAUUUUUUUUUAUAGUUCUGCUAGCUAGCAUUUAACAAAUUACCUCUAAAUUGUUUUUCUUGAAAAUAUAUCCUCAAAUAUUUAAUUAACACUUAAGUGAUUAUGAGACCUGCAAAAUCGGUUGCUGAUUAUCGGCAGAAAAUUAAGUAUUUAGUGUUAAAUUUGCGGUGAUGAAAUGCAGGUGUUGGUGAUGAGAAUGUCACGACGCAUGCAUGAGUAAGCCGAAUGCAAAAAAAAAUUCUCCUAAUUGAUUUUGAGCAAGACCUAGCAGGAAGACUGUGGCGUUGACAAGUAUUGGCGUACGACGUCUCCUUUACCUAUUGUGUACUUUAAUCGACAAAAUGUCUGGGUUUUGUACAUAGAGCUCCAUUCACAUGUAGCAAUACUUUCAAAUUAUGCAAAGCACAAGUUUGUAAUUCGAUGCAAAUUGCAAAGCUUAGACGCUUGAUAAUCAGCCUCCUGCCUGAUUUCUGUGUUAUAAGGUACUUUACUCCAAAGCGUCUGAAUCUAUAUGCAUUUAUUAAUAAAUACACAUAUUAUUUCUCUA